AUGGCGGACCGAACGUCUGCUUCCUCGUCUUCGAGGAGGACGAAGCAGAGCUACGAUGCCAUUGGAUCCUUUGUCAUUGACCAAGAGAUAGGAAAAGGAAGCUUUGCAAAGGUUUAUCUAGGCCGACAUAAGGUCACUGGCGCAUUGGUUGCUGUCAAAUCCGUUGAGCUUGCCCGUCUAAAUAAGAAGCUGAAGGAAAACCUGUACGGGGAGAUCCAAAUUCUCAAGACCCUCCGACACCCUCAUAUCGUCGCGCUCCAUGACUGCGUUGAAUCCUCUACCCAUAUCAAUCUGAUCAUGGAGUAUUGCGAGCUCGGUGACUUGUCUCUGUUCAUCAAGAAGCGAGACAAGCUCAUAACAAACCCCUAUACGCACGACCUUGCGCGAAAAUACCCCGUCUAUCCGAACGCCGGCCUGAAUGAGGUGGUGACUCGCCACUUUCUGAAACAGUUGGCGAGCGCAUUACAGUUUUUGCGCGCUGGGGAUUUCGUUCAUCGAGACGUCAAGCCCCAGAAUCUUCUUCUGCUUCCCUCUCCUCAGAUGAUGGCGAACAACAAGACGGCAAAACACAUCAUGAGCGGCAGCUAUGACUCCUUUACGCCUGCUGCCGGCCUAGCCUCGGCCCCGAUGCUGAAGCUUGCCGAUUUUGGUUUCGCCCGUGUGCUGCCGUCGACAUCCCUCGCCGAGACACUCUGCGGCUCUCCUCUUUACAUGGCUCCAGAAAUUUUGCGAUAUGAGAAGUACGAUGCGAAGGCCGAUUUGUGGUCCGUGGGCACGGUAUUGUACGAAAUGGUAACCGGAAGGCCGCCGUUCAAAGCCAGCAAUCAUGUGGAACUUUUGAGGAAAAUCGAAUCAUCGGGCGAUGUGAUCAAGUUCACAAGGGAGAGUGUGGUUAGCCAAGAGAUGAAAGGCCUCAUCCGCGCUCUCUUGAAGAAGAACCCGGUGGAGAGAAUAAGCUUUGAAGAUCUAUUUAACCAUCCUGUUGUCACAGAACCUAUUCCAGGACUUGUGGAAGACGACAUUCCCAAGCCACCACGUCGCCGGUCCUUGAAGGAGGAAAGGCCUGUUAGUCGGGCGGAAGACUCGCUCGUACCCUCGCGAAAGCAAUCUCUCAGGAAGGACCUGGCAGACCGCGAGGGUGCUCCUCAGACGGCUGGUCCCUCUUCACCAAAACCUCGCCGAUCGUCGCCUUUAGCGACCCCUAACGAGCCCGUCGAGAUCAGUAAACCAAACUACUUCCAGAUACCACCGAGAGAAGAUCGCCUCAGCUAUUCUCCUCGAAAGGAAGCUGCUGAUGGGCUAGGGAUUAAGCGCCCGCAAGUUCAACCAUCAACGUCUGCUCCAACCCGUCCAUCUUCGUAUGUAGACCGACGACAUCGCUCAUCAAAUGCCUCACUCAGGGCUCCUGUCCGAGAAGCAAACCCUCCUCCAAAUGAUGUCACAAGGACAAAACCCAGAGGUAUGGGCACCAAACCCAUGACAGAGGAGGAGAGGGCAGCCCAGGAUAUCGCGUUUGAGCGCGACUAUGUGUUGGUGGACAAGAAGCAUCUCGAAGUGAACGCACUUGCGGACCAAAUAUCAAUGUAUCCGCAACAGCCACAGUCCCCAAAGUCAGCGCAAAUUGUUAGACGCGCAACUCAACAAGGCUCGCCCACCUCGACGAGUGGCGCAGUUCCGAGCCCACCUUCCAGAGCACUUCAGUUGGCCCAGGGUCAUAGCCGUCAAGGGUCCUACGACAAGGCACUUGGCACGAGUCCCAGCAAGGCGACUUCAGUGAUAUCCAAGGCUAUUCAGGAUGCAAGCUUGCGGUUAUUCGGAUUCAAAUACGCCCCCCACCUACUAAGCAAAGGCCCAUCUCCUGUUCCGAUGUACAACCCAUUCCCGACGUAUCCAGCCCCUAAUACCCCCACCGGCUUGAUUUCAGAUGGGAAGCAAGGCACCCCCGUGGACGAAGACUCCCGUGUGGCCCAGUGCAUAGAGGAUCACGCAACACGGAGCGAUGUCGUGUACGGAUUUGCCGAAGUCAAGUACAAGCAGCUUGUCCCGCUCGCUCCCUCGAUGGACCAUGGUCUUGGCGGUGCGCCCAUUGAAAAAUCGGCGGAGGAGGAUGGGCUUACAGCCGAAGCUAUCGUCUCGUUAUCCGAAGAGGCGCUGGUUCUGUAUGUCAAGGCGCUCUCUCUUCUGGCCAAGUCGAUGGAUAUCGCCAGUCUCUGGUGGUCACGGAAGAACAAGGUUGAGUCGACCAAUAGUAUCACUUCGGCAGCACGGGAUUCAGCAAACUCGGAGGCCCUGGCUCUCAGGAUCAACGGCGCUGUCCAAUGGAUCCGUUCACGCUUCAAUGAAGUCUUGGAGAAAGCCGAGAUUGUUCGACUCAAGCUGGCCGAGGCACAAAAGCGACUACCUGAAGAUCAUCCCAGUCAUCCAAACAACCAUGCGAACGACUCGACCGCUUUGAACAGUCUCAGCACUGUCGGCGUAUUCUUGAGCGAGGGUAUCAGUGCAGAGAGGCUGAUGUACGAUCGCGCCAUCGAGAUGAGUCGUGCUGCUGCCAUCAAUGAGAUUGCCAACGAGGAUCUCCCUGGAUGUGAGAUUUCUUACAUCACAGCGAUUCGUAUGUUGGAAGCUGUUCUGGAUCAGGAUGACGACCACCUUCCAAAACGAAAGGUUUCUGGCGCAUCAAAGGAGGAGAAGACUGGCGCCAACGAGUUAUCAGACGAGAUGAAUAACGAGGACAAGCAAGUCGUCCAAAAUGGUGAGCCAACUUCCGUGCUCGUACAAAACAAAGCUAGCCUUUACUAA